UAGGGUUUAACGAGUAACCGUUGAUUGGUAAAAACAGGGUUCCAGCAGUGGCUCCGCACUCUCAAUCGAGCUUUAUCUGCAAGGCUCCAUGGCAUUGCGAGCUUUUUCGAGAUCAAAAAUUCCAUUUUUGAAUUUGAUGCUCAUCCGGGAACUGAUAAUUCCCAUUGAAUUGUCAUAUAAGCCCAUGAAAACGUCUGUUCCAAUUUUGGGUGUCAUUUCGAGCAAACCCAUAUUGGAUUUCAGGAGUUAUCAUGAUGGUAGACCAAGAGGGCCACUUUGGAGAGGCAAGAAACUGAUAGGCAAAGAAGCUCUUUUCGUAGUUCUGGGUCUGAAAAGAUUCAAAGACGAUGAAGAGAAAUUGGAUAAGUUCAUUAAGUCGCAUGUGUUGAGGCUCUUGAAGAUGGAUAUGGUCACUGUAUUGAUCGAGCUCCAACGGCAAGAGGAAGUGGGUUUGGCCCUCAAGGUGUUUAGGAUAAUUCAAAAGCAAGACUGGUACAAGCCUGAUGUCUAUCUAUAUAAGGACUUAAUUAUUGCAUUAGCAAAAUGUAAAAAGAUGGAUGAUGCAAUGCAAAUAUGGGAAAGCAUGAGGAAGGAGGAUUUAUUCCCUGAUUCUCAAACAUAUGCUGAAGUUAUCAGAGGUUUCUUGAGGUAUGGUUCACCUGCAGAUGCCAUGAAUAUUUACGAGGAUAUGAAGAAGUCUCCUGACCCACCAGAGGAGUUGCCCUUCAGGAUUUUGCUGAAGGGCCUUUUGCCACAUCCACUGUUGAGAAACAAAGUCAAGCAAGACUUUGAGGAGAUGUUUCCUGAUCGGCAUGUGUAUGACCCUCCUGAGGAGAUAUUUGGAAUUCGUUGAGGUCUCAGGUCCUUGGAGAGAUAACUCAGGGCUUACAUCCAUAGCAGCAUGAGUAGUGGUUACAAGCUCAAUCAUUCUUCGAAAUAGUGGGAAAAUUUUGAAGCAUUUCAUUUAGAGGAAUUGCGAU